UAACUCUCGCGGUUAGAUAUCCGAUUUCAGUGGAAAUUACAGCUACAGGUGUAAACGUCGGCUGCUAAUACCAAAUGCAGACACGCACAGGAUUGACUGAUGAUGAAAAAAUAAAAAUGAGGUUCCUGAAGAAAUAUUAGAAUCGAUUUAAAUUUAACAGUUUCAGUUUACAUUUAUUUAGACAGCACAGACUCAGAAUACUUAUCCCCUGAUGAGUUCCACUAGAUCAGAGACAGGAAGCGAGGAAGUCAGUCUAUAUGGCUCCGAGCCUGAUAAUGAUGAAAUAGAGGAACCUAAACUUGUAGUGCGAAUAAAUUCUAAUAAUAAGGUCCAUGAAUUAUGCCGUAUAUAUUAUCCAGUAUUGGAACUCAUAGAAGCAAACCGAAACAUCUUAGAUAUUGUGCCGGAAUUCCCCACGGACAACAGUGUUGGAGAACCGGAACAGACCGUUCCAAAAGACAAUAAUCAUUAUCAAACUUCUUUAGCUGUCGUUAUUUUCUUGUAUGAAGAGGGAAUGCUGGGAUGUGAAAGAAUUCAAGGAGCGCGAGGACAGUUUGAAAAUCCCCCCUGGUCAUUUCAUCAUUCAGAAGAAAUGAAAAGGAAAACGAUCCACCCUUAUCCGUACAAUUCCCAAGAAUUUUAUUAUACCAGUGACGAUUUACCUCUGUGGGCCGUGCGACAAGUGCAUUAUGGUAACGAACAUUUAAGGAUUAUGUUGUUCGUGAGUGACGUCAACUGGUACGAUAUGUUGGGAUUUUAUAAGGUGAUUCUGGGAUUGGAACCCGAGGUUCAGCACCAGGAGUUCUGUUUGUAUACCCUGAGUUCCCCUCAAGUACGUUAUGAUGUACAGUUUGCUCUAAAACGAAUAACUGGUACAAUCAAACCAAAACAUUUAAACAGAGUUCAGCUUGUUUUUAGCGUUUCCGACAUCGGUCAGAUGGUGCCAUUGUUUCCACAUGCUUGCCAGCCAGUAUCAGAUAAAGAAUGGACAACAGUUGACCAUGAUGGGAAUAAAGUAGUUCUCAAUAUCAAAUCUUAUCCCACUCCUGACACCAGUAAACAGACUCCAUUUAUACGGAACGGACCCAGGACAAAAACCUUGAAUCAGAAUGGAUUCUCAAUUUAAAUUUUAUUUAUACCUCAUUUUAGUAGCAUAGUCCUACAAUUGAUAUAUUUAUAUUAAUACUACCAAUUAAUAUCUGUAUUCUACAGUGAAUGAUCUUAUUGUAUUCUACAGUCAAUGAUCUUAUUCUACAGUCAAUGAUCUUAUUGUAUUCUACAGUCAAUGAUCAUAUUGUAUUCUACAGUCAAUGCUCUUAUUGUAUUCUACAGUCAAUGAUCUCAUUGUAUUCUACAUUCAAUGAUCUUAUUACUGUCAUAUUGAAAGUUUUAUUCUUCAUUCUUACGUAAUUCUUAAGAUCUCAAAUGAAAUAUGUGCAUGUAACAUUCUUACAAUAGCUAAUUACCAGUAAAUUGUCUUAUUAGUAUUAUUUUAUUCUUUUUUGUUACAUAAAUAAGAAGAGAGGCUAGUCCCCUUUCGGGUCUUACUACCUUUAAUUUAAAGAUCUCAAAUGAAAUUUGAGCAUGUAGCAUUGUUAGAAUAUGUAAUUACAUGUACACAUGAGUGAUUCAGUGAUCUUCCGCCAUUUGCCCUAGUGGUGCCAUUAUAAUCAGCCAUAAACUAUAACCUAUGAACUUGAUUAAUGUAUCAAUUUUGACUGCACUGCCGUAUGACAUUUGAUAGAUCUGUCUCAAAUCCAGGAUUUUUCAUUCCAGUAAUAUUUUAUUAUUUAUUAUUUCAUAUGUUAUUUUUGUUAAAUUUAUGUUUUAUUAUUAUUUAUAUUCUAGUUAUUUCAUUUUCUACAUCGUUUAUAUUAUAAUGUUUAUUAUAUUUAGUUGUUAUUAAAGAUACAUUAUGUAAGAGCUAAAUCUGCCUAAUGCAGGUCUUUUUUUCUGGCAUUAAAUGGUUAUUAUUUUGCCAUUUAUUCACAUAGCCAGCCCAUAAUCGACUCUCUAGACUAUGGGAUGGCUUAGAUACAUGUAUGGAGUGAAUUAGACAAUACAGACGACAUUCACAGAGACUGCCGAUUGAACAUCAAGACUUUGUUUAUUAUCGUGACAAUGGUACUUCACAAUCAAAACUAGUUAGACUCUUUCUUGCCAAAAUAUCAAAUAUUUACAACUUCGCUCGGUAUAAAGUAAUUUUACUGAAAUACUUAAUAUAUAUUCAUUUUGACUUGAUACAGGCUCAAGGUCCCAAGACUUAUUCCCACCUCUGAAUUAUUUGUCAAUUUAAAUCAACAUUGAUGUGAUGGAUUUACCGGGAAAAGAUGGGCUUCUGAUAUCCAAUAUAUGAGACCAAAUAAACAUUUUGCCAUUGGUACACGAAUCAUGUAAGAUAAUGCAUUUCAGUGCCAUUUGUAACAAGGUACUCAAGAACGAUGACGAUAUAUUCUGAAGAGCUUGCACAAUAAAAACUGUCGUUGUAGACUGGAAUAACCAGACGCUAUAGAUUGCCAUUCGAUUGAGACUUCUGGUAUAUUUCGCAGAACAUAACUGAUUUGAAAUUAGAGUAAAAACGGAAACAAUUGAUGUAAAUCAGUUUACAUUCUCAUAUUACAUUAUUAUAUGCAUUGCGACCCAUUUGAGUCAAUUUCUAGGUCCCAAAUAUUAGCAAUUUAGCUCCUUUAAGUCGGCUAGCUUAUAGAGUAAGUUUAUCUUCAUCUGUAGUUUUUCUAGUCAAAGUAAAAUAAAUGUAUUUAC